GACUUGGACACCCCGGCCAAGUCUACAUCCAUCAGCUAUAAAAACUCUCAAGACUCUGGACAUAUUACUUCUUAGAGAUCUGUGGUAAUGAAGGCCCUGAACCUUGCCUUCCUCUGCCUACUCAUUUUAGCAUCCGAGUCCAAAAAGUAUCUAAAAUGCGAGCUGCAAGAUGAAUUAAUAAGACGAGGACUGGAUGGUUACCACGACAUUGGAGUAGGACACUGUGAGUUAUUUAGGUGCUUGACUCCCUUUAGCUUCUUUGAAUUAAUUUAGGUCCACCUGCUAUGGUUUUGUUAAAGGCUUUUUAUGGAUUGAGUUUGUUGUAAUUCAUUAUUUUCUUGAUGUUUAGACUGUCCUUUAAAAUGUUUAUGAUUUCUCUGACAUUGUUUAAUAUUUGCAGAUGUGCCACUUUUUCAAAAUGGGCCCAUAGAAACAAAAUUGGGCAUUGAGAACAUUUUCAAAAAAAAUAUUCAAAAAAUGUCCUGUUAUUUUCAGAAUUGUGAUUUUUACUUCUUGGGGUGGGAGUGUAACAGAGCAAAACAGUUCUGGUACUAUGUGGUAAAAGAGAUAAAAAAGAGAGUUUUCAGGUUCUACCAUUGUGGUUUGUUUAUUAAGUGUUAUUAAAGGUGAACAUCCUCAAAUAUGUGUUUCAGAUUGUGCAUUUAUUCAGUUUUGCAAAGGUCUCUAUUGAGAAAAACCUGCAAACAGUUGAAUCUGAUGGGAGGAAUUCAGUGCAGCACUAAGCAGAUUGCUCUAUCAGUUCUUUCUACUUGCCUGCAAGGGUUGUUGUUGUUGUUUUGCCCCAGAAAAUUUUUGGGGGGCAUGGGAAGCCCAGAUGUGCUAGGGAAAGUCCUUGCUCAGGCAUUCGCUGGUGGGACUACUCCGUCAAAUCUGCCCUCAUUAAAUUAACAAUCAUUCUAAAAAAAUAGAGAAAAUUAUCAUGAGGAAUUACAUAAAGCAUGGUAACAGGUUACAUAAAAAAGGAAUUUGGAAGGGUUAAGAGUAGAUUAUUUAUUCCUUUAAAAUUGUCAUCAAUUUGUGAGGAAGCUCCGUUGGUGUAAAUAAUCAAGUUUUCUGGUUUUAUAAAAGCAUUUAUAAAAAUAAUAAACAAAUAGCAUCAUUAGCAUAUCUAUUUUGUAUGUAUAUGUGUUUUAUGCUAAAGAAAAAUAUUAUGAAAAACAAACCUUUCACCUGCGCUAGGUGAAAGACUGAAUGGUUAAUGCCAAAUUUGAGAAUGGUUAAUGGUUAGGGCUGCCAUACAUCCUGGAUUUCCCGGACAUAUACGGGAUUCCGCUCCUGAAAAUGGUGUCCAGGGGAAAUUUUCAGAACUUGGCAAAAUGUCCGGGGAACAUUUCUUUCUCAGCACAGGGCUGGCUCCCGCCAGCCGCUUCCCUUCCUGGUAUGUUCUCUCCCUCUCCCUUCCAUCCUCAUGCCAGCCACCUGAUGAAGAUGUGCGAUGGUGGUGGUGGGUUGUCUGGGUUUUGGCUCUUUGGAAUAUGUCAACUCUGUAAUGGUAACAUUCUGUAAUGUAAUUAGCUGAAAUAUUGAGUCAUAUAAUAUGAAAUUUCCUGUUUUGAAGUUUUGCACUUUGUAGGAAACAAAAAGCAUUCUACCUUUCUAAUCUGUGCUUUCCUCCCAGGGUUGUGUUUGGUCCUGUUCGCAAGUCAGUUUGACACGCAACACUAUGAGUACACAGAUGGCCAUCCAUACUAUGGAAUAUUUUAUUUGAGUGGUCUGUUGUGGUGUGACAAUGGAAAGCAUCCCACAAAAAACCUAUGCAGUAUUGACUGUGAGAGUAAGUGGUGACUCUUUGCUUUUGCCUUUUGCAACUCAAGGAGAACUGUUUAUUUCAGGGGUGGGAAUCUGCUCCCUGGGGCCCUUCGUGGCCCACCAAGGUCUCCAGCUUGGCAUGCCAAGCGAUUUCCUCUGAAACAAGGUUGCAGAAGCCCCACACUGCUGUCACUUGCAAACUCCAGUCUUCGUUCUCCCCUCCCCAUCAACAGCGGGGACCCAAGAAAUAAGCAGUUUGUCAGCCCUAUGUUCAGAGCUUCCCAGUGCACCAACUUUGGUCUGUUGAGGUGUGGUUCCCAAGUGGUAAACCCACACAAGGGAUUUUGACCGGUGGGCGGAUAUGCUCAUGCAAUAUCAUAUGAUGUCAUAUGACUGACAGAUAAGUGUCAGUCCCACCCAUCCAUCAAAUUUGGCUCAUGGGCAUGAUCCUGAUAAGGAUCUGGCCUGUGGAGCUAUAAAGGUUCUCCACAAUGUGGCAGAGCUUAAGCCUGAAUGCUAGCAACAUACUUUGGUUCGCAAGCUGUGGCUUAAUUAUGCCUGCUCAAUUAUGAGUGUCAGGCACUCUUUGCAUGCUCAGUGGCACCCAUUUUUUGUUAUUUAUAUCUUUCAGGACUGAGUCUUGGUAUUCAAAAAGGGGUUUUGUGGAGGAGACUUAGGGAACUUUGGCUCAAAUACUUAAUCCCUCCCCAUUAUUAAUGCAGUUUCUUUUUCUUUGCAAUGUGACUAAUGUAAGGUUGCCAUAUUUCAGAAAGUGAAAUCCGGACACAAAAGUUGUUGAGGUUCUUUUUUGGGGGGGCCAAGUUGUUGAGCUUAGACUCGUGCCUAGACUCGUUCACGUCAUUAAAACCACUGAUCACAAUGAAGCCUUCAAAAGAUAAAAAGAGGCAUUUUUCAAAGACCAAGCAGAGCUUUGACAGAAUCACUUGCAGCAGUGACAGGAGACAGGAAUGGGAGUCACUAGGAAACUAUUUGGAUCCAUCUGUUUUGGGGGGGCAAACCAAUUUAAUGGGUCCUUCAUUCCUGAAGAUUUUUCUGAGGCCAAGUAAGUCUUCAGGGGUGAAGGACCCAUUAAUGGAGCAGGAGCAGGAGUAACUUGAUGCAGACUCAUGAUUGAGACAAUCAGGUGGGCUGAAGCAGCUGCCUUGGGCAGUGGAAUCCAACAGGACAUUGCCCUGCUGUGGUUGUGGCUUCCAGUGAGAUAGAGAUGGCACAAAUGUUGAAGUCUCUCAUAACCAUGAGCCUGAGGGAUUUCAGCACUGCUGCUGAGACUACCUUGGCUACCUCAGGAAGGCAGAUGGUAGGUAGCAAGGUGGAGAAUACACCAACAGAAGCCCCUAUUCUAUCCUGAUUCAAUGCCAACUUCAAUAACUUUCCUGGCAGAAUUUCUGGAUGACAAUAUCGCAGAUGAUGUUGAGUGUGCAAAGAAAGUUUCUGCAAGCAAGAAUGGGAUGUUAGCUUGGUAAGUGGCAUCAGCUCACCAGUGUCUAAGAAUGAAAAUAUAAAUGACAAUAUCAUAUAAUCAAAUCGAGCACAAACUUUUCUGUUUUAUGAUUACAAGGCAGAGAAAAGAGAACUGCUUUCAACCCCAUACUCUUUGUUUAUUAAGUACAUUUCAAGAGUCCUUUACAAUAGAAUAGUCUAUUAUGAAAAAUGGUGGAAGAAAUAAUGCAAGACAAAAUGAAGAACUAGUUGAUCACCAUGAUGGUCUGCUCAGCUAGUACAUAUCUGGCAGAGAUUCUGCUUAAAGAGUUUAGGGGUGGCUGUUGUUGUUUUUCCUUGUGGGGAAUAGCAGAGUAUCUGUAAAUGGGUGCAUGGAUAUCAUCCAAUGGUGCAAAUUCAGAAUAAAAUUAGAAACAUGAUGUAAUAAUGAAAGAGAACAGUGUGAAGCUCGUUCUACACUUUGGUGCUUUUUUAGAAAACAAAAAAAACUCCAGUUGGGAGCCUCCAGUUGACAGGCCUAAUUAGACACCCUGCCCCCCCCAAGGCCUCUCCAUUUGUCUUAAGAGGCCAUUUGUCCCAAGUCAUGCCCACCUGUUCAUCUCUUGAUACCAUAAAUAGAAAUAUGACAUCAGUUGUGAGACAUGUAAAACCAUUGCCUUAUUUUUAAAAGGAAGAACCUGGAGCUCUCAAUUCUUCCUUUUCGGCCUCUGCUGAACUUGGUGCCAAAUCCCAAGCACCUUGCAGUGCUGGAAUAAUUUUUGAAUUCAAAAUGCAUCUGCAAAGAAAGAAUCUUUUUUUGAAACUGUGGCUGAAAUUUAAUAUCACCUGAUAUAAUUGUUGUGAGAUAAUGCCGAGGCCUUGUGCCUUCCCCCAGUGCAGCAUCGCCCGGGAUUCUUCACUCCGGUCUCCCGUCACACUGAUGGGACAUGAGCACACAACCAGCAGAAUCCAAAAUAGAAGCGUUAGCCUUGAGGUGUAACAUCUAAUCCUAAUUUAUUGCAACGAAAUCAAACAUAACAGUUCAAAGUAAACAUGGCUCCUCUUUCUCUCUCUUCCUCGGAGAGAACACUGAAACAAAACAUCACUGUGAGAGAACAAACAGUCUAUCUCCCUUUCUGCUUAUAUAGCUCUAACAAUCAGCGGCUGAAAUGCAUUACAUACAGACACGUGCUCCAACAAGUGAUCCCUAUCUGCAGCAUAGGGAGGGGUGAAAUCCUAACAAUUAUGUGACAUCAGGUGAUUGACAAGUGUGGUUCUGUCCAAAGUCACCCUUGUAGGGUGACCAUUUCUGGAUCUGGUCCUCCAGCUGGUAACAUAGAUUAUUAAGGCAAAUGCCAACUGCCCCAACCUGUCUCUCAUAAAUGUUGUUUCUUUCUCUCUUCUCUUUUAGGAAGCCCUUUGAAGAAUACUGCCUACAUCCUAUGCCUUCCAUACUCUAUUGGGAAUGCAAUAAGCCUUGAAAUACAGGCAUCCAUUUAUUAUUACCGUAAUUUCACCACAAGCUGUUCUGAUUGGAUAGGGUAGUUAGUGGUACUACAUCCUGCAUCAGCUAACUGAUGAAGGCGGCAGGCCUAAAACCAGAGGACCAUUUGAUCAAAUGACAGGAUAAUCUUCAAAAUUAACAAACACCCUUUUUUAAAAAAAAAAAAAAAAAAGAGAAUCUUCCUGAAACCCACAACUUGGAUGAAUCCUAUAAACGUGUCUCAAUUGAUUCCAUUCAGACAAAGCUUAUAUGAAAAUAUUACAUCAGAAUCAAGUCAAUAUAGAUAGCAUCGAGUACUCUUCUGAACUUGGGAAAAAAACCAUUGGGAUGGAUCCAGGUUAGGUUAGUUACACUUACUUCCCACUGAAAUAAAUGUGACUUCAGUUAGCCAUGA